AGGCGGCAACAACUGCAAAAAUCAGAAAUAUGGAAGGAAGCAGCAGCUGGGGUAGUAAGAAGCGAGUUCCGGCAUCAAGAGAAAGUGGAAAUUUGCCUCCUCUUCCUAGUAAGAAGCGACCACAACCACAAGCUUCAAAGGCAGCUGUUGAAAGUGGGAAUAAUAGUGGAAAUGUUAAUGUUCAAGCCGCUGCCACUCAAGAACAAGAACGGCCAGCAGCUACCAACACCACAACAACACCUGAAAUGGAGAAGACCAAUAGGGAGUAUGUGUUAAGGUCACCUGUAUGGCAGCAUUAUGAUUGUUACAAAGAUGCCAAAGGCAAGAAGAAGGCAAAGUGUCAUUACUGUGGAAAGUCACUGGCUGGGGAUCCCUCGGGAAAUGGUACAAGUUCUUUGGGUAGGCAUACUCAAAGGUGCUUAAAGAAACAAAAAGAAAAGGGGAAGCAGUUGAAUCUAGAACUCAAUCCAACUUCUGUUGAAGGGGAAGGAGUUUUGGGGACUUGGAAAUUUGAUCAAGAAUUUAUCAGAGCUGGGUUAGUUGAAAUGAUAAUUCUGGAUGAAAUGCCUUUUAGGAGUGUGGAGAAAGAAGGGUUUAAGCGCUUCAUGGCACGUGCUUGUCCGAUGUUUAAGAUUCCAAGCAGAAGAAGUGUUAGAGAAGAUUGUUUUAGAUUGUUUCUUGAACAGAAGGGCAAGUUGAGAGAUUACUUCAAGAUCAAGUGUGGAGGAAGGGUGUCCAUAACUACCGAUAGUUGGACUUCUUGUCAAAAUUUCAACUAUAUGUGCAUCACUGCACAUUUUGUUGGGAAGGAUUGGAAGUUGUACAAGAAGGUGAUAAGUUUUUGCAAGAUUACAAGUCAUAAGGGGAUUGAUCUAGGUGAUGCAAUAGCCGAUUGUUUGGAGCAUUGGGGUUUGAAAAAUAUUUUCACCGUCACAGUUGACAAUGCAAGUGCAAAUGACACGACACUUCUUCAUUUGAAAGAUCGACUUGAAGAAUGGGGUACUAAUAUAGUUGGUGGAAAGUACCUUCAUAUGCGGUGUAUUGCUCAUAUAGUGAAUUUGAUUGUGAGCGAUGGUUUAGAAGAGAUGGGCAUGUCAAUAAGGAGGGUGAGAGAGGCUGUGAGAUGGGUUAGAUCAUCACCAUCUAGAUUGGCAAAGUUCAAGGAGUGUGUGGAAUUUCACAACAUUGAAUCCAAGAAGAUGUUGAGUCUAGAUGUGCCUACAAGGUGGAAUUCCACCUACUACAUGCUUGAAGCUGCUGUGUUGUUUGAAGAUGCAUUCUCUAGUCUUGAGAGGAAGGAUAAGGAUUACAAGCCUGAGCUCAAGGCAAAGAGAUACAAGAAUCAAGAAAUUGGUGUCCCUCAACAUGAAGAUUGGAAGAAUGCAAAAGUUUUGAUGAAGUAUUUGAAAUUCUUUCAUGAUUUGACUUUGAUUGCAUCCACUACUUCUGUUGUGACUGCUCAUCGAUUCUUGAGAGAGUUUGGAAGGGUAUUAUAUCAUGUUGAGAAAAUGAUGAAUAGCACAGAUGAUGACAUAGUUAGGAUGGGUAUGAAGAUGAAGGCUAAAGUUGACAAAUAUUGGUCGGAGAAGGAUUGUGUCAACUUCAGAUUGAACAGGUUGGUUUACAUGGCUGUGGUGUUUGAUCCGAGGAAUAAGAUGAAUUAUCCGGAACAUAUUUUCAAGAAGAUGUGUGGAGAUGAUAGGGCAAAAGUUUUGGUGAAAGAGUUGAAUGAUGAACUUGAGAAGUUGUUUGAAUAUUAUCAGAGUAAGAUGCCUCCCCCUGCUCCUUCUUCUCCUUCAAAACGUCGAGUACAAGUUGCCACUUCAAGUUCACCGAGGUCAGGUAGUGAUUCUGAUGAAUCUUAUGAUGAUUAUGAUCCUGAUGAUGAUUAUGGAAAACCUCAAGCUGGUCAUACUAAGAGUGAGUUGGAGAAGUAUCUUGUUCACCCUCGAGAAUAUGAUGAUGCCGAAGAAGAGUUUGAUGUGUUGAAGUGGUGGAAGACUAAUGCUAUGAGGUAUCCCAUCUUGAGUGAGAUGGCAAAGGAUCUGUUUGCUAUUCCUAUGUCAACUGUUCCUUCCGAGUCCGUUUUUAGCACAAGUGGGCGUGUUUUAGAUGAAUUUAGGAGCUCUUUGCAUCCUAAGAUUGUGGAAGCUCUCAUAUGCAGUCAAGAUUGGCUUAGAUCAAGUUCUAGUGAGUUUGUGGAGCAUCUUGAUGGUGAAGAUGAUGACUAUGAGGAUCAAGAAGACUUCGUGAAUGGUAAAUAAAUUAUUUUGUAGUUUUUAGUUUUGGCCAUAUAAAUGCUAUUGCUAACAAUUAUAUUUUUUUAUCCAUGUCAUUUAGUUUACAAUGCUAUUAUGGUGGAUGAGGCGGAAAGGUGUAAGCAUGUGAAUGAACACGAAGGUAUAAGUACGAGCAAUGUCGGAGGGAGUGAUGUGUUUGGCUCGAGGAGUGGAACAAAUCAAGGAGGUGGAUCUAAUGCUUCAUUUAUUUCUCUUGAACCUGAUGAGUAGAAAUGGUUUGGUGAAUUUGUUAGAUUGGAGUGAAUUUGGUGUUUGAUGUCUAAACUUUGUUUGUCAACUUGUGAUGCACUUUAUUUUUAUUUUGAAGUUUGAAUUGGACUUUGAGUUUGUAAUAGACAUCAAUGGUGGUUGUGAUUUUGUAUUGGACCAUAUUUGGCUUGAUUUUUGCUACAAACAGGUUGUUUACAUUCCAGGAAAUAGGUAUAUGCUGCUGAAUUUUUUGCAACAUGGUCAAAACGGGUCAAAACAGGUCAAAACCGGAUUGGGACCGGACUGGGUCAAAACCGGACCGGGUCAAAACCGGACUGUACCCAAUCCAAGUUUUGGUCCCCAUAUUUCCAAAAAGACCGGACCGGACCGGAUCAAUUCGGGCCAAUUUAACCGGACCGGACCGUAUUGCCACCCCUAUCCACUUGCAUUACAUCAUUCCUGUAACCAGCUCAAAGUUCAGUUAGUUUAUAAUCUAAACAACAAAAAUUUACUAGAUAUGUGAUGAUGAUAAUAUUAAAGCAUGUCCGGUGUAUAAUAUUUGUAUGCAUUCAUGAUCAUUGUUAACAAUCGUUACUUUUUUUAGUCGUGUAGUUCCUAGGGAUGGCAAAAAUAUCCGUAACCGUGGAUAUCCACCCGAAUCCGGUCUAAUCGGGUAGGGUAAAACCCGAACCCGAAAGACAUUUAGUGGGUACGGGUAAAACCCGAACCCGAAUAUUGUGGGUAAUGGGUGGGCAUGGAUUUCUCACUAUCCAACCCGAACCCGCCCGAUUAUACAAAUGCAUAUGUAUUUUUCUCUAGAUAUAAUCAUUAUUUUUCUCUAACAUAUUUUAUAUUUAGCAUAUAAGUAUAAUAUUUUCAUGAAAUUGUGUUGUUUUAAUUAAUUUUUUCCAUUCUAGUGAAUUAUUGUCGUACUUUUCCUCUUACGUAAUGUGAGAAUUCGUGUGAAUGUUAACAUAUUGGUUGAAGUUAUGAAGAGAAAUGAUUACCCAUGGAUAACCGUGGAUACCCGAAACCCGAACGGGUAUGGACAUGGUUUUGAUUUUCUACCCGUUUCACAUGUGGGUAUGGGUAUGGGUAAAACCCGACCUACUUUGGGUAGGGUAACGGAUAUGCACUAUCCGCCCCCGACCCGACCCAUUGCCAUCCCUAGACUAGUUCCUAGGAUGAUUUCGUGAUCAACAAAUUUGGCUGCCCAUAAAUUGGCGCUUAAAUCCUUGUUGUUACAACAUCUAGAGUUGGCAUUCUUUGGUUUUUAUAGUGGCUUCACUAGUGUGUUGCCUUAGGAUGAUUCAUGUGUUAAAUGUCAAACCGGUUUAAGCUAUUGACCCGGUCAAGUAAGGGAUUUAAAGUUAAUGGUCUGCUCGGGGUCUGGCCGGUUUGAGCCGUUUUAAACAUUUUCUAAAUAUAUAUACAAAUACUUCUUUCGUUCCUCUUCCUCUCUUCUUCUCCCGCUUUAGGGGUCAAACAGAGGGGCUUUUUGGAGGCCGUUUUAAAGCCCAAUUCAGAUUGGACCGGGUCCAGCCGGGGGUUCGAUAAGGGUUUAACAUUUGUCCAAUAUUUAAUCAUCCACCACUAUUUGUAAGAGAAACGAGAAGAGAUAAUUAAGUAAUUAAAUGUGGAAUUAAUAAAAAAAAUAUAAUAGCUCGUUAAUUGCAAUAAUAAUUACCAUGUAGGACAUUGAUCGAUCCAAAACUAUUUGAAGGGAAGUGAUGACCCAACCGAUCGAGGUUGUUCCUAGCCAUAAACGGCGUCGAAGCGAAACUCUCUAGCUCUACCCCAAAAUUUGUGGUCGAUUUCAGUGCUAUCUUCGUUGGGUGCAGCAGCCACCAAGCGAUUAUAAGCAGCUGCGUUUUGAUUCUUCCCUGACUACCACGACGAUGACGACGCAGCUCGUAGUAGUACUACUGCUUGCUUGUCCCACAAGCUACUUCUACCACUACGAGGCGGGCUAAAGCUCAAAGCACCAUUGCAUUGCUGGCGCAGCCGGUAAUCGAAGGAAAACCAACCGUUUGCUUACAGAUGGCGGCUACUGCAGUUUUUGCUGGCCGAAAGGUUUGGGUCGACAUUGUCUUGCUAUAUGUGCUUAUUAGCUAGGGUUUUUUAUGCUCUGAAAGAAUACGGUUUGAGUUCAGCUUUGGAUCUAUAUAUAAUAAGAAGAAAAGAAUGAUGCAUGUUUUCUGCUUGUAAUUAAUGAGCGUAUGACUUAAUAAUGGCCAACAGCCUUACCGGAUUUCCACAUGCUUAAACAUUCACUCCGGUAACAUGCAUGUGUACUGGUGGUGGUGCCAGUGUGGCCGAGGAAGAAGGGAAAAUAUUUGGUGAUAACAUUAAUGUUUAUUUUGUGGUUUGGUAGCCCAAAUGGAAUUGGUGUGCCCGAGUUGGGGUGAAGUGUUUGUCUAUAUAUUUCUAUAUUUUUUAAUAAAACUUAAUCGGCUCAUUAAUUAGUUGAAAUAAAAUUACUCACUGCAAAUAAAAUAUGUUUAUAAGUUUUAUUCAGUGUCUUAAUCAUUAUGGAAGACUUAUGUAACAUGUUUGUUUGAUUGAUACAUAAAAAGUAGGAAAAUUCUUAGCUCCAACCUUGGUUGGACGCAAAAGCUCCAACCAACUAAGGUGUCAGUUUGUUAUUGGUGGAUUCACCUUCCUUUUUUCUUAAUUUUAAUUAUGCUAAGUAAAUCAAGAAUAAAAAUAUUACAAACAU